UCCCCCAGCCACCGGCGCCAGCCAUAGAUCGACUACUGUAAUCUGCCCCUGCAAUGGCAGUCUUUAGUCACCAGAUGCUCCUUGCAGUCACAAGAUCAAGGGGAUCAUAUUUGUUAUCCAAGAGGCACAGCUGCUCCUCUCUGUCUUCCAAAACCUGUCUCCACAUAGACCUUCCCCAUCACCUUUUGACCUCAGUCCCACUCAAGCACUCCCACUAUGGCUACCCCAACUGUUACCGAAGUCACACCCUCAGGUGCGGCCACAGCUCCACCCUGCUUGCUCGCUCUCUACACACCUCAAAGGUUUGGUUCCAGGAUAUAAAGCAGGAUGACCCUAAGGUGUCAGCAGCCGCUGCAAAGGAUGUUUCUCAAGGAGCAAAAAAGGACUUGGUGACCACUUCGCCCCAAUCCUCAUCAACUCCCACUCCAGCGUCCACCACGACACCUGCAAUCCCUCCAGUGCAGGAGAAGGCAGUUGUGAAAAAGUCUCUGUAUCAGAAGAUUGUGGAUGAGUUGAAGCAUUACUACAAUGGCUUCCGGUUACUUGGCAUUGACAUUAAGAUUGCAGGCCGGAUGGUAUGGAUUCUGCUCCACGGACAAGUGCUCACGCGCAGGGAGAGGAGAAGGCUGUUGAGAACCUGUGCUGAUCUGUUCCGUCUGGUGCCCUUCAUAGUGUUUAUCAUCGUUCCUUUCAUGGAAUUCCUUCUUCCAGUUUUCCUCAAACUCUUCCCAGAGAUGUUGCCUUCCACCUUUGAGACAGAGUCCAAAAAGGAGGAGAAGCAGAAGAAGGGUCUGGCUGCGAAGCUGGAACUGGCCAAGUUUCUUCAAGAGACCAUCGCUGAGAUGGCCCAAAGAAACAAGGCUAAAGCUCAGAUGGAGAAUGAGACACAGCGCUUCUCCACAUAUGUUCAGAAGGUUCGGGGAACAGGUGAGCAGCCCACCACGAAGGACAUCGUCCAGUUUUCAAAGCUGUUUGAGGACGAGUUGACGCUGGAGCACCUGGAGCGCCCCCAGCUGGUGGCUCUGUGCAAACUGCUGGAGCUGCAGCCCAUCGGCACCAACAACUUGCUACGGUUUCAGAUGAUGAUGCAGCUCAGGACCAUCAAGUCGGACGAUGAGAUGAUUGCAGCAGAGGGUGUGGCAGCUAUGAGCGUGUCAGAGUUACAGGCAGCCUGUCGCAGUCGUGGGAUGAGGUCUCUGGGUCUCACCACAGACCAGCUACGUGGGCAGCUGCAGCAGUGGUUGGACCUGCACCUGAAGGAGAACGUUCCUCCAUCACUGCUUCUGCUUUCCAGAGCCAUGUACUUGACUGACAUCAAACCUAAAGCCCCAGUCAUCCCGCCUGUUCCCAAACUAGAGAAAGCUACUCCUCCUCCAGUGGAGAAUACAGGAGUAAGCACAGCCUCAGUCAGUCCUGAUACGUUGGCAGACCCUGCUGUCACCAUCAAGGACAGACCGGCAGAGGAGAUGAGAGACAAGGCUCCUGUGGCCUCAGACAAACCUCUGACUCCUGCUGAUUUAGGUGAGCACCCAUUGCUGCUUGGACCCUGUGGCGUCCACAAAAACCAGUUUGAGAGCUGAGGCUAGACAGGGUUUUGAAAUCCAGUUUGAUCUUUCCUCACAUGACAUGCUAAUCUUUCACAGUGGGACACAGCAGCUAUUCUGGGGGCAGGACUGAACAACAUGUGAAUCUGAGAGAGAGAGACAGACAGACAGACAGAGAGAGAGAAAGACCUAUCACUUUCACACAUGCUUCUGAGCUAAAGCAGUGACAGAGGUGCCUCAGAAGAACAAGAUCAGCGCCAAUGGCGUGUAAAGACGAGUAGGAGCCCCUGGACCGAAGAGGAGUUGAACUGACACAAACUUUAGUCCUUCUUUGGGGGGGAUUUCUUUGACCUAAUGUCCUAAAAGUGAAGCCCAAUCCUGUUCAGCUGUCUGAUGGUGCCUCCCUACAGUCUAUACAGCCACCUCGUCCUGUGCCUGUAAAUUUGUAAAUAUCAUUUAUAUUUUCAUCCACGGUGGCGCAGCAAUAGAAGCUUUGUACAGUUUUAUUUUGUUUACCUUUUAACUCCAGCUGAGGAUUGGUCAUCCAUUUUGAAAAAGACUAAUGAACCUCUUGGUUCAGUGGCUGUCUCACCUUCGUCUUUACUCAUUGGGCUGGAACAUGCCGACUUGCUGAAGCAGACGCCAGAAGACACGCUGUCUGAACCUGCAGUUGAAUAAACUACAGAAAGUUGAGUCAAUAUAUGAAUCUCAGCUGGUGGAGCAGCAGAUUUGGACUGGCCCUGCCUCUGAGCGGGGUGACAUAGUGCAGUUGCUUGCUGCUGUAAUUGCAAUUAAAUGAAGGCUGGUGGUAGAUUAUUAAGAGCUGUUCACUCCUUAAACCCAGACGUGACUGUGGCAAAGUGCAGUCUGCCACCACUGGUUAAAAAAAAAACUCUGAAAGGACAGUUUGUAAAAAUAAAUAAAAGCUAUAUCAGAUUUUUAUUAGCAUAUGUGUUGUUUUUAACACUACAGUGCUAAGAUUUCUUUAUGCUGAAAAUAGGAAAUGCUUGAUGCUAUCCAUAAAUAACUAGUAUUAACAUGGGAGAGAAGCUCCUGAAGCCACAAAUGAGAUUGUUUUUGAAACUGUGGCACAUUUCAUAAUUCCAACUUCAUUAAGGUCUAAUAAAUUUAUGACCUGUUGCUACUGGGAAUUUUACCUUAUAAAUGUGUAAUGUAUAAAUACAGUUUUGUGUUGAACAAUACUUGUAACUGUCUCACCUGUCAUAUAUUUGACACUGAUCUCAGUGCAGCUGAUAGAACGUUUGUCCCAUUUUUCCUCAUUGCUAUUUAUCCACAGGCACAUCCCUGAGGUGGAUGCCAUAUGAUAAAGGAUAUUUUAGACAAAAUGGU